CGACACCUGGGUGCAACUUUUAUAUCAGUUGUGCAAGAACUUCAUUGAUGACUUCACCAACAAAGAUGGGCUCCAUUAUGCCUGCAACCAUCUAGCUUCUCGAAUAUUACAGAGCCUUCUACCCUCAGCAUCUGCAGCAUCAGUGGGCCAUAUUGCAAGUGUUCUCAGUCAAGACUUGUGGACAGUUUGCAUCAAUGCCUUUGCUUCUCGUGUUCUGGAAACCACUUUGAUUAUAUCUCUAAAGAUGAUUCAGGAUGACUACAUGCAACAACUCUAUGAUGAUGAUGAAAACCCCAUCAUGGUUCCUCUUACUGAACUGGAGAAGAAAAAUCUCACUGAGUACAUGGUUAAGGUAAGUAAAUAUUGCAGCAACAACCUAUUGGACUUCAUAGGUGACACAUACGCGUCGCAUGUGAUCCGAACACUCCUGAUCAUCUUGACUGGCGUGGAUCCCAGUCCCAGCUGCACUGCCAGCAAGAGAGCUCACAGCUCACUCUCCCUCGCCAUUGCCAGCCCCUCUCUUCCUACGGAGUUUGCGGACCUUGUUUCAUACAUGGCACAGAGACUCAUGACCGUGCCUGAACUGCCUUACGUGAUCAUGGAAGCCUGUUCCUCCGCCGUGUACCAGUGUGCCCUGGAGACGUUCAAGCCUCACCACCAAGUUGCUCUGUGCCUGCCUCUUGUGCAGCAUUUGCUGGACCAUGGACUGCUCCAGCUACCGGACGACAUCACCUUGUGCUCCUCUCCUACAGGAUCUCUUCCUGCAGCUGAUGGCAAAAUUGUUGCUGUUUUCAAUUGUGAACCCACAGCAAGGUUGCUCGAGACAAUGAUCAAGACGUGCAGUGGCGCCCAGUUGUCGGCCAUCUUUAAGUUGCUGGAACCCAGCCUGGGGAGUCUGGUCGCGCACAAGGUGGCUAACUUCACCGUCCAGCGUCUCCUGGACGCCUGGAGCGACACCGAGACGUUCACGGCGGUGAGCGAGAGCCUGGAGUCGGCCUUGGGGGCGGCACUGCAGGCUCGCCACCACGGCGUCCUGCUCGCCUGGGCACAAGCUUGUCGGCGACUGGGCAAGACACAGGGAAACUGCCUCAAGGCUCUGAUGUCGGUGUUGGGCUGCGACGAGUCUGAGGAGCAUGAGCUGUGCAUCGCGCCGUGCCUGCUGUACCUCACACCGUACGCACAGUACGCGGCCUCCUGUACAGCAAACAAGCCUACUUUGUCUGUCAACUUCCAUGGGUCGCGUAUAUUACAGGAACUCCUAUACUUCAAUAAGCCAAUCAAGUUGGUGAAGAGUCUGCUGAAGAUGCCCACGCCUGAGCUGCUGCGCGUCCUGCAGCAUCCUAAAGGCUCGCACGUCACUGACGCCUUCUGCAGCAGCGACUUCGUCGGCACCAAGAGCAGGAUGGCGCUCGUCUCCAAACUCCAGAACGAAGUGGUGGCGCUGGCGUGCUCCAAGCACGGCUCCCGGGCCCUGGAGGCGCUGUGGAACGUGGCUGUUAUCAAAGCCAAGUCAGCCAUGUGCCAGCAGCUGGCUGACCACGCCAACGCCGUAAAAGCCAGCGAGUGGGGAGCCAUUCUUUACUGCAAGUUCAACGUGCGCCUCUACAGCAAAGCUGACAAGACCGACUGGGAGGAGAAGGAGCAGAAGCGAGCGAAGAAGCUACAAAUGCUGCUAGCGCUCAAGCGAGACAACGAAGCUAGUGGACCAGGUGAUGCGUCUAUCCCGCCGCCGGCCAAGAAGAAGAAGAAUCGCGCAGAAGAAAGCAAAGCGACGAUGCUUUAUGACUGGCAUGAAUAAAUUCUCUUCGUA